AUGGGCUCCUCGAAAGUCAAUCCCCCACCCGAAACCAAGGAAAGCGUGUGGUUGAGACGCUCCGUUAUCCUCUCCUUUUGGCUCGUCGCGGUCCUGUUAGGUCUACCGGUAUGGUGGAAGACGACAGCUAUAUAUCGAGCGGAACUCCCCUUGCAGACCAUGACAGAUUGGGCUGACGGAAAGGUUUGCAAGCCAGUCUUCCCACUCCGCAUUGCCGUCGAGGUCCCGAUACCUCCUUCCGAAGCGCAGCACCUCAUUCGUACCACGCAACAUGCUCUGGACGACUUGAACGAGUUCUCCGCUCAUCAUCUGCGCCUCAUGCUCGCCGACUCUCCUUGGGUUGCCAACACAUCCCAGCAGAUUGUGAGCGAUGGUACAACUGUUGACGCGAGGCAUGAGGAGGAUAUUGCGCUUCUUAUACGGUUGAUUCAGGUGGGAACAGGGAAUACACCUAGGUCUAUGCUGCGGGCUUACUCUCCAACUCUGGAUAUCUACUACGCCGCGAAUCAAUUGCCAUCACCAUCAUCCACGGGCUCACCCCUGGCAACUUUCAUGGCGCAGGAGCUUCACAAACUAUUCGAUGAGGAGCAGGCUCUUCUUGCCUACUUACUAUCUACCAAAUCCAAAAUCCCCACGGCUAAAGUAAAAUCGUUUUCCCCAGAGACGGCUGCGGAGCUCGAGCGGCAGUCAACCAUCGCCUUCAAAUAUGCGCCCACUUACCAUUUGACCUUCUCAUUGUUCACUCCAACCUUCAUUCCGUCCGACUGGAGGAUUGAGUCUGCUCUCAAGCAAUACAUAUCGCCUUUUCUGGACUCCUUCGCAUCGAUCAGCAAUUUCACAAUCGAUACCCAGGUCCAAUUGUAUUCGGCCUACUCCCCCAGCAUCCAGAAGCCCGUCUAUGAUGAGGAUCAGAAAGCAUGGCUGCUUCGUAAGGAGGACCUGAGUGGUUUCAUCAACGCUGCUGAAUGGCCACUCAGUCCAAGCAUUGGAGCCGGGCCCACUGUGAACUUCGUUCUCUAUGUUCCCGAUCAGGCCGAAACGCCCUUGUUGGUGCAAGGUAGUGGAGCUAAUAGCUGGCUUAUCCCACAAUGGGGCGGCGUUGUGAUUCUCAACCCAUCCGGGACGGAUAAGUUUGGUCCUGUGCUGACCAAGCAGGACCUCGCACCUGCAAUGCAUACUUUUUCUGACCAGUUGAUGUCACUCCUCGGGUUGCCCCGUGCUCCGGCUUCGCUACCCCUUCGUCUUUCGACCCUCGUGCGCUCGCGCGCUGCAUCUCUACUUUUUUCUGCGUCGUCAACCCUGGGGGCGCUAGCACGACUGUACAAUGCCCUUCCGUCCAUCCCCAUUCCAGACAAGGUCGCCAAAUCCGUGGAUCUCACUACUGCACAUCUCCAGCACGCCUGCGACAAUCUUCGAGGUGGACGCUUCAGAACCGCCUUGGAACAUGCCAGGAUUGCGGAAGCGGAAGCUGAGAAAGCUUUCUUUGAGCGCUCCAUGGUUGGCCAAGUUUACUUUCCCGAUGAGCACAAGGUGGCAGUAUAUCUACCUCUCCUUGGUCCCAUUGCCGUACCGCUAGUCAUGGCCGCCCUAAAGGAACUCCAAAGUAUCAUAAGAGCACUCAAGGCAAGGAAGAACGCCUGA